GAGUAUAAAACAAUCGGGAGGGCAGCCCGGCGCGUGAGGCCGGCCGGGAGCGAGACGUGGUGGCUGCGCGAGGGAGCCCGCCUGCUUGCAGCGAUAUGAUCACUGAAGCAGAACAGCAGCUUCUCCAUGAUGCUAGAAAUGGAAACUGUGAAGAGGUUAGACAACUACUGGAAACCAUGGACAAAGGAGAAGUAGUUGACAUCAACUGCAAAGGCAGAAGUAAAUCUAAUUUGGGUUGGACGCCUCUUCACCUUGCAUGCUAUUUUGGACAUGGCAAUGUGGUCAAGGAUUUGCUGAAGGCUGGUGCAGAAGUGAACGUGUUAAAUGAUAUGGGGGACACUCCACUGCAUCGUGCAGCCUUCACUGGACGCAAGGAGGUGGUGAUGCUGCUCUUACAGUAUGAUGCUGAUACUUCUAUUGUUAAUGGGGGUGGACAGACUGCAAGAGACGUUACACAAGAUAAAGAGAUCAAAAAUAUGUUGGAAGCAGUGGAAAGGACACAAGAAAGGAAACUGGAAGAACUGCUUUUAGGAGCAGCAAGAGAAGGGGAGACUGCAAAACUCUCCGCACUGUUGAACAGGCCAAAGCCUCCUGAUAUUAACUGUACUGAUCAGAUGGGAAAUACACCAUUACAUUGUGCAGCAUACCGUGCUCACAAGCACUGUGCCUUAAAACUUUUAAAAAAUGGUGCAGACUCUAAAAUCAGAAACAAAAAUGACCAGACACCGUUUGAUCUAGCCCAAGGUGCAGAAAUGAAACGGAUACUUGCAGGAAGCAUUGGGAAGUUGAUCAACAAACGCCUGAAACGAUAUGAAGGUCUCUUGUGGAAGAGUUUAAGAUUUUUUGGCUGGAAACUUUACUGGGUAGUACUAGAACAUGGAGUCCUUUCCUGGUAUCGCAAACAGGCUGAUGCAGUAAAUAAUGAUCAUCGCCAGGGAUGCAAGCACCUAACACAAGCUGUCUGCACGGUAAAAUCUACAGACAGCUGCCUUUUCUCUGUCAGAUGCUUCGAUGACAGUGUUCACAGUUUUAAAGUUCCUAAAAACUCUCCUCCUAAGGCUAGAGAGAACUGGCUGGAGGCAAUAGAAGACCACUCUGCGUACAGCACUCACUACUGUACCCAAGAACAGCUGAGUGACGAGGAAGAUGAUGAUACAGUAUCUGUUGCAGAAUUGCAAGAAACGUUGAAAGUCCCAAAUGAUUUCUCAAUUUGGAAUGAAUUAGUCCAAAGGAAGAAAAUAUUCUUUCUACACCGGCAGAAGAAGCUACUGCUGUUAAAAAAGGCACAAACAUGUCAACAAAGGCUAGAUAAAGAGAUUUCCAACUUCCUCACAAUGAUUAAAUCGUGCAACACCACUAAAGGAAUGCCUCCUUCAUUUCUUCAGAAAAUUGAAGUGGUCUCUGAAGUAUCAAAAGAAACGUGUGAGGCUCUGGGUAACUGCCUUAAGCUCUUCACAAAGCAGGAAGGGGUGAGGAAUUUGAAACUGGAGCAUGAGCAGGAGAAAAACAAGAUCUUGUCAGAAGCACUAGAGACACUAGCCACCGAACACCAUGAAUUAGAGCAGUCUCUAGUUAAAGGAUCACCACCUCUAAGCAUCCUUAGCGAGGAACAGUUCUAUGAUGCUGUUUCAGAUUCAGAAUCUGAAAAAUCAUUAAGUGGAUUUGAAACAGUAACAACGUACUCAUUAGAGGACAGUGUGGAGUCAAACAAUACAAUAACCUCCAGCAUGUCCGAAGAAAAGGUCUGUGGUGGAGGUGGAAAGGUCUGUGGUGGUGGAGAGUCUCUAUCUAACGGCAUCAAAAAACACAGAACAAGCUUGCCAUCUCCAAUGUUUUCCAGGAAUGACUUCAGUAUUUGGAGUAUCUUAAGAAAAUGUAUUGGAAUGGAGCUGUCCAAGAUCACUAUGCCGGUUAUUUUCAACGAGCCACUGAGCUUCCUACAGCGACUUACAGAAUAUAUGGAACAUACAUACCUCAUCCACCAGGCCAGUUCACUUUCUGGCACAGUUGAGAGGAUGCAGUGUGUAGCUGCAUUUGCUGUGUCUGCUGUUGCCUCACAGUGGGAACGUACCGGAAAACCAUUCAACCCACUUCUUGGAGAGACGUACGAAUUAGUCAGAGAUGAUCUUGGGUUUAGACUCCUUUCAGAACAAGUUAGUCAUCACCCACCAAUCAGUGCUUUCUAUGCUGAAGGCUUGAAUAACGAUUUUGUGUUUCAUGGCUCAAUCUAUCCUAAACUCAAGUUCUGGGGCAAGAGUGUGGAAGCAGAACCUAAAGGGACUAUAACUCUGGAACUCCUUGAACACGAUGAAGCCUACACAUGGACAAAUCCUACUUGCUGUGUGCAUAAUAUUAUUGUGGGUAAACUUUGGAUUGAGCAGUAUGGAAAUGUAGAAAUAACUAAUCACAAAACUGGUGAGAAGUGUGUAUUAAACUUCAAACCAUGUGGGCUUUUUGGAAAGGAGUUACACAAAGUUGAAGGCUACAUUCAAGACAAAAGCAAAAAGAAAGUUUGUGCACUCUAUGGGAAAUGGACUGAGUGCUUGUACAGUGUUGACCCAGCUACAUUCGAAGCUUACAAAAAAAAUGACAAGAAGAAUACAGAAGAGAAGAAAAACAGUAAACAGGUGGGCAAUUCUGAAGAACCCGAUGAGAUGCCUUUGCCAGAUUCUGAAAGCGUGCAUGUUAUUCCUGGAAGUAUCCUACUCUGGAGGAUAGCUCCAAGACCUCCAAAUUCAGUACAGAUGUACAAUUUCACUAGCUUUGCUAUGGCUUUGAAUGAAUUGGAUAAAGAAAUGGAGAGUGUUGUUCCUAAAACUGACUGCCGGUUACGGCCAGAUAUAAGAGCAAUGGAAAAUGGUGAAAUAGAUAUAGCCAGUGAAGAGAAAAAAAGGCUAGAAGAGAAACAAAGGGCUGUCCGCAAAAACCGGUCCAAGUCAGAGGAAGACUGGAAAACAAGGUGGUUCCAUCAAGGUCCCAAUCCCUACACUGGUGCACAGGACUGGCUUUACUCUGGCAACUACUGGGACAGAAACUACUUUAAUUUACCUGACAUUUAUUAAAAUGUCAAAGGGAGCUCAUGACUAAUGCAAAUUAAGUCUUAAUCUUUUUAAUUUUCCUUGUUUCUACUCAUAUCUUGGAAAAACUGACAAGUUACUGAACAGUAUAUUAAGCAUCUCCUGCAGUAAAUAUGGUGGUACAGAUCUGAAAGUCUAUGGAGAGGGGAACAUAGACAAAACUGCUCAGAGCUGUCAUUUUUCUGAUGGGUUAGUACUGUCAUAUUUGCUGAAUACAUCUAUGUUAAGUCUCAGUGGAUAGCAAAUAGAACAUUUGAAGGUGUUCUUUGAAUCCUUUCUUUUAAUUAUUAUGCUGGCACAACAGCCUUUGGAGUGGAUUUAUUGUGGCACAGACCUGUUUAAAAGCACAGGUAUGAAUUGCACUAUUCUGUGCUUGAAGCUAGGAGAGGGCAAGUUAUUUUUGUAAAGAUUUACUUAACUUUCAUAAGAUGGCUUUCUAUGAACAUAACUCAAGAAUCCUGGAUUCUGGUCAGUGAUUCCAGAACUAUUAUCCCCCAAAUGGUCAUGUUGUAGGUUACACUGGUAACAUUACUCAAAGUAUUUAUUCUAUGUUUAGUGCAGUGUUUUGAAUUUGUUCUUUCAUGUUUUGUUACGAACCUCAUUUUGUUAAGGAAUUAAGAGCCAUUUAAAAGUUAAAUCUGAACUGAACACUAGUAAGAGGUUUAAAAAAAUCUGUUUACUGCACUAGAAACUAUAGGUGCUUUGCACCAUUGUUGUACAAUUGCAGAAACUUUUUAAAAAUCAGGACCCAGUAGAACAUAACUACUGGAGAAAUUAAACUGCACCUGUGUAUGCACUGUACAAAUGCACAAGAUUUCCUCCUAGAAAGUGUGGUUUGAAGUAUGUAAGGCACCUGUAUGGAGACUGCUGUACACACCAGCUUUACCCCUUUAAUUGGGGUGCAUUAAAUCUUAUGGAAAUACAUAUUUAUACAGACCUGGGCUACAGAGCUUCCAGCUGCUCUUUGUAUACUAUUUUAAUUGCUGUCUGGAGGUUAGUGUUAAUUACAUUAAUUGCUACUAAAUAAAGGCUUUCAAAUGUU